CUACCCUUGCCGACAGUGAAGCGGCUUGAGUGGCAUGUGGACGAGAGGUUUCACCGCGAUGUCCUGUUCGCACACGUGGACGCCUACGACCAGUUUCGUGACAACCUGCAGGUCGACUGCAUGGACGGUGAAAAGAGGCUGACGAGGACGCUGUGCACGAAGGCGGGUGUCAGUGCCGAUGCCAUGGUUCAGCUUGCAAUCCAGACUUCACCGUGUUCAACGCGGCUUAUCUGGGACUUCGGAUGGGACUUAAGAGGCUGGAGUGAUCCUCUACACUGCAUCGGGCUUGUAAUUGGUUGUGUACUUUUAAUUACCGGUUCACAGUUGGCCCACGACAAGGUGCACAACCAGCCAGCAGCGACAAGCAAAUCCUGCAGCACGGCGGCUUUCAAACACGGUCGUUCUGAGACCAUUCGACCUGCCACCUUGGCAACGCGUCACUUCCUUGAACUAGUCCGCCUCGAAGAAUCCUCUAGAGGCCCACCGGCUUUGACUGAUGACCUUCUCGCCGCGAUUCACCAGUGUUCAAAAACUCACGUUAGACUUGUAAGGGAGGCCGCUGCAGGACAGGGCUGGGAUAGCCACCUGCUUGCCCUGAAGCACUUCGCAGACGCGGAAGCUCUCGCCCUGCCCCUGCCACAAAUCUUCACAGACCCCAACUAUGCCCGCAUCAAUGACGUCAUCCUCUCCACAAACACAUUUUCCUCACCAGCGGUGCGUAUUGGCGCGUUCGCUCCCACCUCACCUAACGGAUACGGCAUUUGCUACUCUAUCACAGUAGGUAUACUUCAUUCUUGUCCUCGGGUCUACAAGUUGAAAGCCAAGUUUCUUGAAUUGAUUGCCGCCCACGCACGCUGCUGA